CAAGACAGUAGAGCACAGGUAUUCCAAAUACAAAAUCAUCCAAAAUCAAAACAAGAUAAAGACAGUAGAAAAGGAAAAAUCAGAAGAGUGCAGCUAAAAGUUACGUAUAAAGGCUUAGUCGCUAUAAAUAAAAACGGCAUGGGCAAAGAUCAUCUUGAAAUGUAAAGUAAUGGCUGAAUGGUUUACACAACCAACCUACAAGGUUAAGUUGCAGUAUAUCGAAAUAAUAAAUAGCACAGUAACACUGAGAAGAGAAACGCGGUGACAGAAAAUGUGGAAUCGAGGUCGAUUUGCGAGUUUCUCUUUGUGCUUUUUAAUCAUUCAAGUCAAGUUUUCAAAUUCUCGUACUUCCUGGAGAUUAAACGCCGACAAAGUAGUAAAGUCAACGGAAUUUGCACCUCAACUAGAAGAUGAUCCCAUUUUAGAUAUCCUUACUAGCAGUUCUAGUAAUGGAAAUGGCCAGGGUUGGAGUAAGUCAUCUACACCGCUCAAGCAAGAAAAACUACAAGUUUACUGCUCCGAAUGUAAAGGUUUCGUCUCUGGAAACCAUGAUCGACAAUUUUCGUCAUAUUCAUUGAAGGACACAACUAACACGACAGAGGCUCGCGCAAAUGGAGAGCAAUUCGUCUGUGCUUCUGGUCAGCAGUGUGAUGAGCUUGUUUUGGAUUGUGGUAAACCUGUAAAUUUUACGUAUUACGACAAUUUGAUUGGCGUGGCAAACAGAAAUAAGCAUCCACCAGUUCCAGAACCAAAUGUUGUCUCAAUGUUCAAAAAGAACGAUGGCAAAAUCACGGAUAUGGACAUCGACAUCUUGGAAAGAAGGCUGAAGAAAGCAAAAAGAGAGAAACCCAAAUCGGUCCAACUCUACAAUCAAAUUGGAAAUUUUUGGCGAAUCAAGGGAAAUGCUCAAAGAUCAAUUGAGUGCUUUCGAAGAGCACUGGCUGUGUCGCCUCAUAAUGCAGAAGUUUUAUUAAAUUUGGCAAGAGUUUUAUUGGUUUUACAAUACUUAGAUGAUGCCACGUAUCUUGCCAGGCGAUCUUUAGAGUUGCAACCACCAGAUCGAAAUGCGUGGGAACAAUACUUAACGCUCGGUCAAAUAUUUAAGGCGUAUGGUCACUUCCAAGAAGCGGCCGUUCAUUUAAGACAUGCACUAGAGUUAAAACCAGAUCUUGCCGAUGCUGCUCUAGCUUUAAAAGAAGUCGAAUCUCUACCAACGGCUAGCAUACACGUAUAUACACUCCUCAUUAUAGUAUGCCUGGUUCUUGGUGUCCUGUUAGUUGUAUUGAGUAGCGUUGAGUGCGAAGAAGAUUCGUCGUUAGCCGUGGAACAACCUCAACGUCCAUCACAGCGACAUUUUAAUCGCGCUAUGGCUAUGCGUAGUUUGCGCCUUAACGUGACGCGUAAUAAACGAUGUUAAUUAGUUUUGGAAGUAUUUGAAACAUGUGAUUGUGAUAGAACUGUGCUUUUUCAGUUAAUUCUCUAUUGUCUAUUCUUAUUGUUAUUAUUAUUUCUAAUCUGAUUUACAAAAAGAUUUUCAAAAAAUAUACUAACUAUGCAAUUUAUUAUGACAGACAGGAAAAUAAAGAAUCCAAUGAAAAA